AUUAACUCGUUUUCAGUCAAUCUGACUGUUUUCACUACCGUUGCGUUCAUCAGAUUUGUUCGCUAUGAGAUAAUUUAAUUCAAGAGUUGGUUGCGUUCGGUUUUGUGUAAAAUACUGUGCUGAGCCGACAAACUAGAUCAUACAACCAGCUCAGUUUAAUGGCGACAGGUCCUCCUGAGUGUGUGGAAUGGCAAUCUCUAUCGCAAUCCUAGACUGUGACCUGCUGCUGCAUGGCCGGGGGCACAAAACACUUGAUCGAUUUGACAUUGAGACAGUGUCCGAUGAAUUUCUGAUGACAACGUUCGGCUUCCCACGCGAGUUCAUUUAUUAUCUGGUGGAACUGCUAAAGGACAGCUUGUUGAGACGGACACAGAGGUCACGAGCCAUCAGCCCAGAUGUUCAGAUACUCGCAGCCCUGGGAUUCUACACAAGCGGGUCCUUCCAGAGCAAGAUGGGAGAUGCGAUCGGCAUCAGCCAGGCCUCCAUGAGCCGUUGUGUUUCUAACGUCACUAAGGCUCUGAUUGAGAAAGCGCCCGAGUUUAUUGGCUUCACUCGGGAUGAGGCCACCAGGCAGCAGUCUAAAGAGGAGUUUUACCGAAUCGCAGGAAUUCCUAAUGUCUUGGGAGUAGUGGACUGUGCGCAUAUAGCCAUUAAAGCUCCCAAUGCAGAUGACUCUUCCUAUGUAAAUAAAAAAGGAUUUCACUCAAUCAAUUGCCAAUUAGUAUGCGAUGCCAGAGGGCUGCUGCUGAGCGCUGAGACACAUUGGCCAGGUAGUCUGACAGAUAGAGCUGUCUUUAAGCAAUCCAGUGUGGCAAAGCUGUUUGAAGAGCAAGACCAGGAUGAAGGUUGGCUUUUAGGUGACAACCGUUACCCUCUGAAGAAGUGGCUGAUGACUCCAAUGCAGAAUCCGGAGUCGCCUGCUGAGUACCGCUAUAACCUGGCCCACACAACGACGCAUGAGAUUGUGGACCGCACAUUCAGAGCCAUUCAGACACGUUUCCGGUGCCUGGAUGGGGCUAAAGGUUACCUGCAGUAUUCCCCAGAGAAAUGCUCCCAUAUCAUCCAGGCCUGCUGUGUGCUACAUAACAUCUCCCUGCAGUCUGGCCUUGAUGCCUGGACUUUUGAGAGAACUGAGGCCACGGACCAAUCAGGGGAGAGUAUCGAUCUCAAUGACACUGUCGACCCAGAAGCUCUCAGAGUUCGACAGGAACUCAUCCAAAAUCAUUUCAGCUAGGAUGGAAUUCACCAUUUAAUUGUUUGUUAAGGGAUAGCCCCCCACCUCCCAAAAAUAUCUGUCAUUUAAUCAUAAUUGAACCUUUUACUUGUUUCAAACUCAUCUUUCUACUGUGGAAAACAAAAGAUGAUAUUUUUGAGUUUUAAUUCAUUUCAUUGUAUGGACAAAAGUAAGUAAACAAAUAAAUAAACACACUGAGAUGUUUCUCAAAAUAUUGUCUUUGUAAGGAAAAGAGAAAGUCAUAAAGUUUUAGAAUGACUAAGUGAAUUAUGGUGGAAUUUUUGGGUGAAUUAUCCCUUUAUGAAUGUGCUUUUUGUCACUCUUUAUUGGUCCUGUAAACAACAAAAAUCUGCAAAGCUGGAGUUUUUUUUUUUAUUAUUAGUAUUUUCAAGUAAUGUACAUGUAAAGUAUUUAGGAAUGAGAAAAGGAAACAAACGGUAUUUUAUUACAAGUUAUUGUAAUUUAAAUUUAAUUUUGAUAUAUAUUUUACUCAAAACUUAUAGACCUGUAAAAUGUUGACCAAUAAAUAACACCUCAACAGUA